AUGGGUUCAGCUGAGGGUGAUAAACCAAUUAAAACGUUGAAACCCGGUCAGAAGUGUCCACCAGCUACUGUCGUCAAGCUUCUAUUCAGUCGCUAUGAUCCGCUUAGACGCAAUCCAACCGUGUGUUUCGACUACCCAUUAUCUCUCGGGGUUGUACGAGACUACAGAGGCCAAGUCGUCACCACGGUAGACGCACAGACACUUCAAUUAUUCUACCGAACGUCUUGGGAGCGCAACUGUGUGAAAAACGCCUUCGCUGCCGCUGGGUUGUUUCGUACGAGGAAGAAAUGGACCGCGUGGCACUUGGCAUGGGCGAAACCUGCUCCCAAAACCGAGUUCGUAAAGUUCCGAGGUGAUCACCCGCAAGUGUUUAAUCACUUUCCAGAUCCGUGGGUGAUUGGUCGAAAAGAUCGGCUGCUGAAGAUUUUGACCAGUUAUCGUCGAAGAUUUGGAUCAAGCUACGAUUUCUUUCCGGAAGGAUUUUCUCUGCCAGAUCAACUCGAUUCGUUUCGACGAGCAUUGGAGCGUAACGAGGCAUUUCUAACCGAAACAUUUCCUCCAACAGUGUCGAACAAUAACGGAUCCGAUGUUGCUACGGUCCAACCGCUUUGGAUCAUUAAACCGCCCGCAUCUGCGUGUGGUCGUGGUAUUCGCGUUUUAACACACCGAGACGCUUGUAAAAUGUCGGAAGAGGCUCGUAAACGAUACCUCUCGGAUCCUCUGCUUCUGGGAGACGGUCAACGCUACAAAUUCGAUCUCAGACUAUACGUCCUCGUCACUAGUCUGGAUCCUCUUCGUAUCUAUCUCUUCCAAGAAGGCAUCGCUCGCUUCUGUACGGCGCCGUACUCGCUUAAAAACCCGCGAAAUCGCUUCGCUCACCUCACCAAUUACGCCAUCAACAAGAGCAACGAUGGAUUCGUAGAGAACGCAGACGCACAUGGAGCAGACUCUGGCAGUAAAUGGAGUUUAUCGGCGUUGAUCCGCGUGCUUCAAUCCCAAAAACUUCUGGACGAUCCCGAGACUCUCAUGCGUCCCGUCCGAGCCAUAGUGUGCAAGACAAUCAUCGCUGCUGAAGCACACCUCACGCCGCUUUUCCACCAGUUCGCAGGCCAAGCUUCUUGCUACGAACUCUUUGGCUUUGACCUCAUGCUGGACUCAAAGCUUCGUCCCUGGCUCAUUGAGGUGAACGUGUCUCCGUCUCUAAUGGGAGGUUCUCCACUUGAUCGCCGAGUCAAAGGUUUGCUAUUAAGCGACACGUUCCACUUGGUGGGGCUACAGGUGCCCCUUGCAAGCUUUCGACGCAGUAAAACCACACGAAGCACUUCAGCGAAUCGCCAGCUCCACGAAGCUGUACAAGACCCAAAUAGCGAUCGAUUUGACGCUACCCACUUGGAUUUAUUCAGUCCUAGCGACUGGGAUAUCGUACGAUCCAUGGACGAUGAAAUGGAUCGACGUGGACAUUUUCAGCGGAUCUUUCCUGCUGCUUCAGCGGACGAAACAGCGAGUUACUCACGGUUUUUCACGUGCCAACGCUAUGGUAACUCGCUGUGUGCCAAGUGGCUCCAAACUCCACGGACUGUUCGGCAAAGGCUCAUCCGACAACAGUCAGCUGGAAACAAUCGUCUAGCUCCGCCACUUAGUCGUUCGCGUAAACGUAUCCCCACGACCUCAGUACGAUAG